AUGGUGACUUGGAAUAAGGCAGCCAUGACCAAACACUUAUGGGCUCUCUGUAAUGAUGACGGUAACUCUCUUUGGUCUUCUUGGGUUCGCUCUUAUCUUUUGCGAGGCAGAAGUAUUUGGGAGAUCAAAUGCCCCAAGGAUUGCUCUUGGAGUUGGCGGAAGAUUCUUAGUCUUCGCAGUCUUGUCCGAUGGAAGAUGAGAUAUCGAGUGGGCAAUGGGAGUAGUAUUUCACUUUGGUUUGACCAUUGGCAUCCCCUUGGUCCUCUUAUUGAGGUGUUUGGGGAAAGGUUUAUCUAUGAUUCUGGCCUUGGGCAGAAUGCCAAGGUUGAGGCUAUUAUUGAUGGCCAGGAGUGGCACUGGCCUAUCUCUCGCUCCCCUGCAUGGCUUGAGCUCAUUAGUAGUGCUCCUACUUCAUGUUGGCCAGAUAGCAGAAGGCUAGAUGUCUUGCAGUGGAUUGAUGCUCCGAAGGGUUCCUUCUCUGUUCGUGGUGUUUGGGAGUCGUUGCGCCCGCGUCAUAGUAGAGUGAACUAG